CAAAAUUAUGCCGCGUUCAUAUUCACGGUCCCCUUCCCGAUCGGGAAAAUCCGACCGAAAAGAUAAGUAUACAACGCAUCGCCGAUCUCGAUCCAAGUCAAGGGACUAUGAUAAAUACCACCGGAAAGAUAAAAACGACAAAAAACGACGAAGAGAACGUUCAAAGUCACGAUCAGUUGCAUCGUCAUCGUCCUACGCCAGGAAAGCUUCCUAUCGCAGCAGAUCCAGGGAUCGUAAAUAUAAGGAAACCAGCCGUAGAACAUCUCGGGAUCGAUACCGAAGACGUAAAUCGACCGAUCGAGAUCGAUAUCGACGUUCAUCCAGCAGCACCAGCUCGUCCUCGUCGAGCAGCAGUAGCACAAGUCGCUCUAGUGCCAGCAGAAGUAGUUCGCAAUCGUCCAAGAAGUCGUCUCCAACCGUACCCACAACAAAACAAUCACUGGCAAAGGAGUAUGUUUUCAAAUCAUUGGAAGAUGCUUGCGACGAGCCAUCGGAGAAAACUAGUAAAUUACAGAAACUGAAUGCGGACGAGUUUAUCCCUCAAACGUUUGUCUCCAGCAGAAAGGUUCCGCCGGAAUCGGUUUCAACCAACAUUGUCAUAGAUUUGGAAUCCCAGACUAUAAAAGUACCGACAGUCGAAAAAUCAGUCCCAGAAGAGGAUCCCAUUUUUCAUCCGUCGUUCUUUUCAGGAGAUGAUAAUGAAAGGAUGGCACGAUGGGUUAAAAAGCUACACGGUCUUCGUCAAUCUUUAGCCUGAAGCUACAAUAAAGAAAGUCAAUUUGGUAUA